AUGCUUUUUAAGGUCAAGGUCAAUCAAAAUUUGUGAUUUUUUCAGGUUAAGUUACCACUCAGGUUUCUAUAAAUAUACUAUUUUAUUACCCACAAUGUGAUAUCAUGAUCUGAUUUUUACUAAAGACAAGAAUAUAAAAACUGACAACAGUUGCAAGAAUGUAAUAUCCUAUUGCCGUCAGUGUCCCAUACUGAAAAUGGUGCUAAGAUGUGGCUUCAGGUUACCAUGCUGGCAUCUAAUGAAACAUACAAGACUGUUGCACAGUAAACCAACACAGAAACAUAAUAAUGUAUCCGUAUUCAAGGCAGUAUAUCGUAAAUUCGCUACGAAGCCCUCUAAGGGGCCAGGUUCUGUGAAACCCCCUAUAGAGGUGAUGAAGACUAGCAAGGUGACCAGUCAUGAUGUUACAGCUAGGGAACUUGACCAUGAAACCAUAGAUGUAGGAUUGCGUGUAGGCGAGAAACAAUUCCAGGUUACAUUGGAAAAUAAGGACCAAGAUGUUAGUUUCUUUAUACCUAAAACAAAUGACCUUAUAACAGUUAAAUUUAAAAAGGCAGAUGUAGUUCAAAAUGAGGUGCUAGAAAAUGUAGCUGAAGUAAAUGUUCCCCAUAGUCAGGAUAAACAAAAUGAGACAUCUGAGAAGAAAGAGGAUGAUCUAACAUUGGACUCUAUCGAUGAAAGGAUGUGGAGGGAGAGGACACAAGAUUGGAAAAAGUUGCCAGAUAUUUACAUGAAGCUAUCUAAGAUAAGACUUACAGGCCUGGUAGUAGUGACAUCUAUGGCAGGGUUUGGAAUGGCGCCGGCACCAUUUGAUCCUGCUUUAUUCCUACUAGGCUCUCUUGGAACUGCUCUUAUGUCAUGUUCUGCUAAUGCAACUAAUCAGUAUCUUGAAGUGCCAUUUGACUCCCAGAUGAAUAGAACAAAGAAUAGACCCAUAGUCCGAGGCUCAAUAAGUCCCCUCCAUGCCAUGACAUUUGCCACAGUAUCAGGUGUGACAGGCUUCACAAUACUCACCUGUGCGGUUAACCCUUUAACUGCUGCUCUAGGGACCUUUAACUUGUUGCUCUACACAUGUGUCUAUACACCACUGAAGCGUAUGCAUAUUGUUAACACAUGGGUGGGCUCUAUAGUUGGUGCCAUACCACCAAUGAUGGGCUGGGCAGCAUGUUGUGGACAACUAGACCCAGGUGCCUGGCUACUUGGAGCAAUUCUCUAUGCAUGGCAGUUUCCACAUUUUAACGCCCUCAGUUGGAACUUGCGUGCUGAUUACAGCCGUGGUGGAUACCAAAUGAUGUCAGUAAUAAACCCAGACCUAUGUAAACGUGUGGCUGCCCGCUAUUGUGUUGGCAUGAUAGGACUCUGCUCCAUAGCUCCCCUGGCGGAUUUAACCACAUGGAUGUUUGUCAUAGAUUCUCUUCCAUUGAAUGGCUAUUUAGCCUAUUUGGGAUAUAGAUUUUAUAGAGAUGCAGAUAGUAAAUCAUCGAGAAAGUUAUUCCGCUUCAGUUUGAUACAUAUUCCAGUGCUUAUCAUACUCAUGCUUCUCAGCAAGAAGCCCCACAAACAGGACACCACUAUUGUCAAAAAAUCAGGAAUCCAGGAGAACACUGUUGCAAAAAAUCAACAAUUAACACUUGAAAAUACAGGGGAAAAAUCUAAAUCAUGAUGGAGAAAGACGAACUAUGUGUGGAGUGUGGAGUGACGGCAAAUGCAGGUCUUGUAUCAUCACAUAGUCGGGAAUGUACACUCAUAUUUAUAUUUUAAUGAGAUUUGGCAGAAGUAUUAGUUGCCAUGUCAAUAAUAUUGAUGUCUAAUUACAAAUAAAUUAACUACAUUUUGGAAUUAACCAUUUGUUAUAUAGGUUUGAAAUCUGGUUGAAAUCUCAUUUUGAUUAAUAGAUUUGCAUAAUUAGCCAAAAUGACUUGCAUUUUCUUCUUUUAUGACAUUUGAAUUCUAUGCAUAAUUUCUACGAGAAAUUUGGAUUUACACAUUUUUAAAGAUUUUUAACUUUUUGAAAAGGUUAGGCUAAAUCGCCAAUUGAUACAAUGUUAAAAUGUCUUUAAAAGUUGAUUUAUUGUUUAAAGGAUCGCAAUUUCCAGGUUAAAUCACAAACCACACAUCCACAGCAAGGUCAUCUAGUUGUAUGUCAGUGGAGUGCUACACUAAUUUGAACUUAUUCAAUCAAUCAAGAAAUUGAGUGACUGGUCAUUGUUUCCAAUUGUAAUUGCUGAUAUCUGGCCUAACCAACACACAUGAUGCCUUCUAUUUAUCCAUCUAUAUUGUAAAUGGUCAAUUGAAGUUUAGAUAUUUUAAUAUCAGGGAAGUAUAUAGAUCAUUAGUGACAUAA